CCAGUUGCUCCCAUCGCCAGCGGCAGCAGCAGUCGCGCAGCACCUGUGCACCCAAAGAGCUCGUUGCGUCGCGAUGGGUGGAGUUGGACAGACGGUGGGGCUUCUACCAUGUCAUUAUUUCGUGUGGUGCGGGUUUCUAAGCGCCAUAAUGGAUGGCCCAGGCGGCCUCGUUCUCAAGCUGGAUGCGAUAGCUCGCCUCGGCUCCAAGCCGCACCUUGCGCGCGAAACGGAGCUUUCUCACUUCUUCGCCACGACAGCGCAUUCAGGGCGAGACCGCAAAACCCGCAGCGGAGCAGCGUCGUCAUCGUUGCUGCCGACCUCGGCCUCGACCUUGUCAAGGAUGGCAUGGCGCACCGCCUCGAAGGCCGCAAGCUCCGCCUCGGUGACGAGGCAAUAGAGGAUGUGAAUGUCGAGGCCUGCUUCGCGCGGCGGAGACUCGACUAUGGAGUCAGUGUCGAGUUCUGGCGUGUCGGUCCAGUACGGCGUCGUCGUCCAUUCGUCGUCGUACUCCUCUUCGACGUCGCUCUCGUCUUCAGCGUCGCCGACGUCGAGCUUGUCGGGGACGAGGGACGGCACGUCGCUCUUGCUCUUCUCGUGCGCGUCGCGGUCGGCGACAUCCCUGUGCAGCUUCUCCACGGCUGAGCGGUCCUUGGUCAGCUCGCUCGAGGUUGAGGGCCGGUCUGAGCCAGUCGCCUGUGGUGUCCAACGCUCCAGGU